AUGGUCUCCAGAUUCCGAGUGAAAAAGCUAUCACCCAAGCACCCCCUUCCCGUCUACAAAGAGUCCCAACUACCAGACAUCACUGAUGCCUCUAAUGUGCAGCGUGCUGUACCACAGAUAGAGACCGGCGUGGAGAAAGAGGAGGAGGAAGAGCAUGAUCUGCAAGCUGCAAUUUCAGCGCAUCACGCGGCUGUGACCACGGGUGCCAAAGUGGAAAGUUACAUCCCCACGCCAGAUGCAUCGUCUACAAUCCCUGAGAAGAACUAUCAUCAUCUAUACAACAAACAUUUCAAAGAACCAUCCACCUUGAUUCGCUUUUCAUCUACCGUGGAAGAUGUCAUUGGAUGUCCUUACGUGAUGGAUGAGGAAGAUGAAGCCUUUUUGAAGGAACACAACAAGGCAUCAUCAGCCGACCCUAUUUCCGAGGACAACUUUGAGCAAAUGAUGUGGCUCUAUGAAACUACUGCCAAUCAGCAUUGGCCUCAUUUGGACUUGGAUUCUUCACAGAUCCCAUCGUAUGCAGCGUUUCAGGGGGUGAUAUCCGACAAAUCAGCCUUGCUCGAAUCUGUUUUUACACAUUGGCAAGCACGUCGAAGAGAACAUGAAGGUCGUCCCAUCAUUGCACCUUUACGCUAUGAAGAUACACAAAAGGGCGAGAUUGAUCCAUAUGUAUGCUUUCGUCGACGAGAAACCAAGCCUGUCCGUAAGACUCGUCGUACCGAUCAACAAUCACUUGAGCGUCUUCGCAAGUUACGGAGCGAAAUGGAAAUGGCACGCAACCUUCUUGAGAUGGUGCUGCGGCGAGAAAAGAUCCGCAAAGAGGGGCUGGUCCUUGAACACACCGUCUUUGAUAAGAAAUGCAAGCUAAGAGAAUACCAACGGCAGCUGGGUAUCAAGGAAGAUGAAGAUCUUAUGCCAAAGAAGAAGCGCAAAACGUCUCUUGAAGCGGGUACAUCUGGUGCAACUAUCAAGAUUCCCCUCAACAAGCUCAAACGAGGAGAUGACUUGCGCCACGAAAAGUCCCCCAUACAACAGGCCAUCGAGGCAGAGCUUGCACGAAAACGAGAACAAGAUGCUGGCUAUGAAGAUGUCACCUAUUGUCCUUAUCAACCCUUCCCGUUGCCAUUGCCACAGCAAUUCUUUCAAUCUUUAUCCCCACAAAAAAGCCGUGUACGUUUUCGCAAGCGUAUUGGUCGUGGUGGUCGUGUGUUUAUCGAUCGUAUUGGCCAUCGUAUCCAACCAUUGGAAGGUGGUGGUAAAGGGGGCAAGCAGCAAUCACCAUCAGCAUUUCAGCAAAGCGCCUAUGAACGAUAUCAAUUUGACCAUGAUUCAAGCGACGAUGAAGAAACCAUGGAAAUGGAUGAUAUGGGCCAAACGAAUCUACAACAACGAAUGCAGCUACUCACUGAUACUGAACUCCGAAGCCUUGUUACCAUCCCCUUUGCCACGCCAAGCACCAGCACAAACGCCAAUAAUGCCUUACAAGCUCGGGUCAAUGGCACUCGCCCCACAAGUGUUACGCCUACCAGUUCACAAGUAAAAGGCAUAUCAUCAUUACCCAUGAAACGGCAAAACAGCAGGACAAAAAUGACACCCCAGCAAGCAGCCGUUGCUAUGGCCAAUGGCAUGAUUGCAGCCAACAUGGCAGCAGUGGUAAAUGGAAACCAAGGAAAGGCAAUGCAAAUGGCACUCGCUGCUCAUCAAAAACAACAACAACAGCAACAACAAACUUCUUCUCCUCACGUGUCAUAA